UGUGGACGAGGGCGUACACGGGCGCUCUCCGCGUGCUCCAGAAGCGCCUCUGUCACUGGUAACCGGAACCGCUGCCCCUGUGCACCUCAGGGCGAGGCCAGACCGAGAUUUUUAGUAAAGGUGUGAUAAGUGAUACAUUAGACAGGACAGUAACUUAUUAGCAAAACAGAAAAUUAUCAGUAUUAAAGAAGUGCUCGUAAUUGGAAUAGAAAUUUUAAAGGAACUUUCACAUAUCUCAUGAAGUGACGGUAGUUCACUCUUCACCAAAAUGUCUGCAGAUGAAGAGCACAAAGAUGCCUCCAAAUACAGGACUAGUCUUCCUGCGGAGCAGUUCCAGCGCAACGAUUUCUCCCUCUGGUCGGUGCUAAAGCAAUGCAUCGGCAAGGAGCUCUCCAAGAUCACCAUGCCCGUGGUCUUCAACGAGCCCCUCUCCUUCCUCCAGCGGAUGGCGGAGUACAUGGAGUAUGCCUGGCUCCUGGAGAAGGCGGACCAGGCGCAGGACCCCGUCACGAGGAUGCAGUACGUGACAGCGUUCGCCGUGAGCGGCCUGGCCUCGAACUGGGAGCGAGUUGGGAAGCCCUUCAACCCGCUCCUUGGCGAGACCUAUGAACUGCAGCGGGACAACUACAGGAUAGUGUGCGAGCAGGUGUCCCACCACCCGCCCGUCUCCGCCUUCUACGCCGACUCCGAGAACUGGAACUUCCACGGCUCCAUCCACCCGAAGCUCAAGUUCUGGGGCAAGAGCGUCGAGAUCCAGCCCAAGGGGGUCCUCACCGUCGAGCUGCCCAACCACGGCGAGGCCUACACCUGGAGCAACGUAAACUGCUGCGUCCAUAACAUCAUUGUGGGGAAGCUUUGGAUUGAGCAGUAUGGCACCAUGGAAAUCACGAACCAUGCAACGGGUCACAAGUCCGUCCUGACGUUCAAGACAGCGGGCUGGUUCUCCAAGGACUUGCACAGGAUAGAAGGCUUCAUUAUGGACAAGAAGAAGAAAAAGUUGACCUUCAUGUAUGGCAAGUGGACUGACUUCCUCCGUGCUACGGACAUCGGAUCCUACGAGGAAUAUAUGAAGACGAAUCCACAUAAAUUCAGGAGAAAUGACAAGAAGAAGAGCGACGAGGGCACGGGGAGCGCCAGCCCCGCCCACGCCCCGAGGAAGGUGUUCAAGAAGCUCAACUCCAUCACGUCCUCCUUCAAGAUGAGCGCCGACGUCGAUGACGGCGACCCCCCCGAGGAGCCGGAGGAGGGCUCCUACCCGCGCACCGACUCCACCUACAGCAUCGACAUCCCUAACUCGGCGAUUCUGUGGGAGGCCGACCCGCGCCCGGAAAACUCUCCUCAGUUCUACCACUUCACACUGUUCGCGAUGUCUCUGAAUGAUAUGACGGAAGAAUUGAAGAGAUCUCUCAGCUCGACCGACUGCAGAUUGCGGCCGGAUAUCCGUCUCCUGGAGAACGGCGACAUCGACGGCGCAGCCAACGAGAAGAACCGCCUGGAGGAGAAGCAGAGGGAAGCGCGGAAGGCCAGGAAGAAAGGCAAGGAAGACUGGAAGCCAAGAUGGUUCGAGCAGGGAGCCAACCCGUUCACGCGCCUCGACGACUGGCUCUACUCCGGCGGGUACUGGGACCGCAACUACGAAGACGCCGUUGAUAUCUUCUAAGCUGCCGGUGAUGCACGGACAGAGGGAACCGCUCGGCGUUGGCAUAGUCGCUGGUCGUUCGUUUCAGCUUGAUUUUCUCAAUGCCCUUCAGCGCCUGGCAUUCUUAGCCUUCAAGCUUUCAUCCAGGAAUCAUUUUGUAUGAAAUGAAAAGCCGGUUUUCUUAAACUACGUCGUGACAUUUCUGGGA